AUGAAUUUGGAAAUGACUUUUGAUGACAAGAUGAAGCCUGUGAAUGACCAGCCUGAUCAGAAGUCAUAUGGCAAGAAACCUAAAGGUCUGCAUUUGCCUUCCUCCCCAUGGUGGUGCCCUGCUGCUAUGACUCUGGCCAUCCUUUGCCUGGUGUUAUCAGUGACCCUUAUUGUACAAUGGACACAAUUACUCCAGGCAUCUGACCUCCUAAAGCAAUACCAAGCAAACCUUACUCAGCAGGAUCAUAUCCUUGAAGGGCAGAUGUUAGCCCAGAAGAAGGCAGAAAAUGCUUUACAGGAAUCAAAGAGGGAACUGAAGGAAAAGAUAGACACCCUCACCUGGAAGCUGAACGAGAAAUCCAAAGAGCAGGAGGAGCUUCUGCAGAAGAAUCUGAACCUCCAAGAAGCCCUGCAGAGAGCUGUGAACUCUUCAGAGGAGUCCCAGAGGGAACUGAAGGGAAAGAUAGACACCCUCACCUGGAAGCUGAAUGAGAAAUCCAAAGAGCAGGAGGAGCUUCUGCAGAAGAAUCUGAACCUCCAAGAAGCCCUGCAGAGAGCUGUGAACUCUUCAGAGAAGUCCCAGAGAGAACUGAAGGGAAAGAUAGACACCCUCACCUGGAAGCUGAAUGAGAAAUCCAAAGAGCAGGAGGAGCUUCUGCAGAAGAAUCUUAACCUCCAAGAUGCCCUGCAGAGAGCUGUGAACUCUUCAGGUCCUUGUCCACAAGACUGGCUCUGGCAUAAAGAAAACUGUUACCUCUUCCAUGGUCCCUUGAGCUGGGAAAAAAGCAGGGAGAACUGUCUAUCUUUGGAUGCCCAGUUACUACAAAUCAAUAGUGCAGAUGAUCUGACCUUCAUCUUACAAGCAACUUCCCAUUCCACCUCCCCAUUCUGGAUGGGAUUGCAUCGAAAGAAGCCCAACCACCCAUGGCUAUGGGAGAACGGCUCUCCUUUGAAUUUUCAAUUCUUUAGGAUCAGGGGCAUUUCUUUACAAAUGCAGUCAUCAGGCAGCUGCGCAUACCUUCAACAGGGAGCUGUGUUUGCUGAAAACUGCAUUUUAAAUGCAUUCAGCAUAUGUCAGAAGAAGGCAAAUCUAUUGCGAAUUCAAUGA